AUGGGCACACGGGAGAAAGGUUUCCGGGGCGCGGCAGAUUGUGAGGAGACUAUCAAUGAACUAUUGAGUCUUUUCGACACAUCCAAGCCCAUACAUCUCCUCAAGGGGGAAGAGAAAGGGAUCGACAUCCGGUUGAAAAGCGGACUGGGAUCUAAGUUGCGCUGUAUCACCCCUUCAGAUGCAGACACAUGGGCCGUCUUCGAAUUCGAGGGCGAACGACUCGAGAAAAUUCAGCAAGUCAACCUCGAGCUUCAUCAACGAGAAUUGCGAGCGAUGCCCACUGAUAUCCUCCGACGCUUGUCCCAGCUUUGCUUCAAUGACAUGCGUGUCAUCUUCCUCGUGCAUGAUAAGCGCAUGCUAAGCAUUAUCCUUCAAGAACUCGAUGCUCUCGUCCAUUGUCACAAAGUUCUGACCCCAACUCAAGCUGAGAUUCUUCGAGAGGGUAUCUCAACGACCUUACUCCCUGCGUUCCCUAAAACCUCCCGGCUCAUGCAAGACUGCCAUUCCAACCCGAAUCUCAAAGAUAGCUUUAUCCUAAAACUGAUUCGAAGUGGAAAAGGCAUAGGUAUUCCCUUUGGUGAUGAGCUGUCGUCGGAAGAUUGGCAGACCCGGUUAGAAGGUUGUAAACACGCAACUAUUUCCUCAGGCCAGACGAGCUAUAUCAUUUAG